AUGUCGUCAUCGAUUCUGAGAGUUGUGAGAAACCUUUUCCGCGUGGGACCACGCGACUAUUUCCGCCAGAUGAACGGAAUUGGCGACACCAAAGCCGGUACGUUGGUUGGCGUCGAUUCCUAUGGCAACAAAUUCUUCGAGAACACAGAAGAAGACGAAAUUCACAUGAGAACCCGCUGGGUGCAAUACAAAGACUACUACGGCGACAUGUCGCAAGUUGAGCCCGCCUGGCACUUCUGGCUCGGCUACGGAGUCGACACCCCACCAAACAAAACCGCCGAAAAGUACCUGUCGACCCGGGCUUACCCAGCUCCUACCAAAAACUACCAGAACUUCACUGGCACCCCCGGCGCCUAUGUGCCAUACAGCACCGUCCGUCCCAAAGUCAGCUCCUGGGACCCAAAAGUCGCUGCUAGAGCCUAG